AUGGUUUCUUCACUCUUAAACCAAGUAUUUUCGAAUGAGAUGGAUUGGGCAGAGUUUAAUUCUAUGUCCAGGCGUUGGACACGUAGGAGAGUUGCAGGAGUUAGCCUACUGAUAUGCCCAUUCUGGUUUCUGGCACAACUCACAUUUAACCUCUCUCUGAAGUAUACUACGGUUACGUCCAAUACCAUCCUAAGCAGUGCCUCCAGUUUGUUCACCUUUCUAGUCGCUCUUGUAUUCUUGGGUGAGAAAUUUACUUGGGUGAAACUGAUCAGUGUUCUGCUUUGCAUGGGAGGAACUAUAAUUGUCAGUUUAGGUGACUCAGAAACAGGAUUACGUUCAAUUGCUUCAAAUCCAGUUCUUGGCGACAUUCUGGCUCUUCUAUCUGCAGGCUUUUAUGCUGUGUAUAUUACCCUUAUUCGCAAAAAAUUGCCUGGUGAAGAUGAUUCAGAAAGUGGCCGUGCCAGUAUGGCACAGUUUCUUGGAUUUUUGGGUUUGUUCAACAUCUUGAUAUUCCUUCCUGUUGUGCUCGUAAUUGACUUUGCUAAACUGGAGCCAUUCAACACGCUUACCUGGAAGCAAGUUGGUCUAAUUGUGGGUAAAGGUUUGCUGGAUAACGUGUUGAGUGAUUACCUUUGGGCCAAGGCUGUCCUCCUUACAAGCACCACUGUAGCAACAGCUGGUCUUACAAUUCAGGUUCCUUUAGCGGCUAUUGUGGAUUCAGUGACCGGAAAUGCACCCCAUCUCUUGGACUAUAUUGGAGCUGCAGCUGUAAUGGUUGGUUUUGCUGGUAUUAACAUUCCUUCAGAAGCCUGUUCUGGAACUAAAGAAGCCAAUCUUGAACUAGAGAAUGGAAACCUCGAACCAUCUGGCCAAGAAGGCUUGUCAGCAAGGUUAAUUGGACGGAAGCUCGCAAUCUCUGACUUGAUCUCUCUUGCUGGUGAGUGGAAGCGCAGUGACUGA